GCCGACAGCAGAGUCGCGUUAAGCAAGUAAGUUCGGUUGUCGGGAGGGCUGGAAACAACAAAAGGAACAUGUCCCCUGCGCCCACCAAUGAGCUGGGCUUUAAACCCCCAGAUGGUGGCUGGGGUUGGAUGGUUGUGAUUGGGGCUCAUAUUUCCAUUGGCUUUGCCUAUGCUACGCCCAAAGCCCUCUCCAUUUUCUUCAACGACAUCCAAUUAGACUUGCAAGCCAGCUACAGUGAUAUAGCAUGGAUCUCCUCUAUCAUGUUGGCAGCCAUGUAUGCUGGAGGGCCAGUGAGCAGUGCAUUGGUCAAUCGCUAUGGAAGCCGACCAAUAGUUAUACUCGGCGGCCUGAUGUGUGGGGCCUCCAUGGUAGCUGCUUCCUUUGGAAACUCCAUCAUUUACCUCUACUUGUGCAUUGGUGUCAUUGCGGGCUGCGGACUCGCCUUAAACCUGAAUGCAUCUCUCACCAUCAUCAGCAAGUACUUUCUGGCCAAGCGCCCUUUAGCCAAUGGUCUCGCAAUGGCAGGGAGUCCUGUGUUUUUGUGCUUCUUGGCCCCUCUUAAUCAAUAUCUACUGGACAAGUUUGGAUGGAGAGGAAGUCUUCUUAUAAUAGGGGCUUUGAUGCUAAACAGUUGUGUUGCUGGGGCCUUGAUGAGACCUAUUGGUUCCUGUAAUACAUCAUCUUGUGCACAACAACAAAAGUCUGAGGAGCAGUCAAAUAACGGUAACACCAAGAAAUGGAAACACAGCUGUGGCAGUCGUGCCAAGAAAAUCUUAGCUUGGUCCUUCUUCAAAGAUCGAGGCUUUCUAAUUUACCUCAUUGGGAACAUAAUGUUCAUUUUUGGUGCCUACGCACCUAUUGUGUUCCUGUCAACCUAUGCUGUUAGUCAUGGUGUUGACCAGUACUCAGCAGCAUAUCUACUCUCCAUUAUGGGUUUUGUGGACAUGUUUGUUCGGCCUGGCACCGGCCUGAUUGCCAACAGCAAGUGGAUCAGACCGAGAGUUCAGUACUUUUUCAGCUUUGCCAUGGUUUUCAAUGGCACGUGCCACUUACUAUGCCCACUGAUCAAAAACUAUACCUUCUUGGUGGUCUACGCUGUGUUUUUUGGUGUGGGUUUCGGAAUGGUUUUUGCCCUCAUAUUUGAGUGCCUGAUGGAUCUGAUGGGAAAUCAACGCUUCCCGAGUGCUGUUGGACUGGUCACUAUCAUUGAGUGUGUCCCCAUGCUGCUGGGACCACCCACUGCAGGGUUGCUGGUGGAUAUAUUUGGUGACUACAAGUACCUCUUCUUCUUGUGUGGCACAGUGAUUGUUACUGGUGGGAUCUUCCUUUUCAUCAUGAACAUUUACAACUAUCACAUGCUGGAAAAAGAAAGGGGUAGACAACCAAACCCAAAUCAUAUACAAGUUGUAGGUCAGGGCCAGGGCGAGAUGCUUAACACACUCAAUCACAGUUUUCUUACAAAGGAGUCUGCUGUGCCUGAGAUUAAAGAUGGGAGUGAGCCAGCGAUGUGUUGAAGGAAUCAAUUCAUUCCGCUUCAUUUUUAUUUCUCUUAUUUGCGUGGCCCCGAUGUACCAGAGAGAGGUAUAUUUCACAUCCAGUGAGCUAUUUUUAGGCAGACAACUGAAAAUGCUAUUAACCUGACCAAUUAUUUGAAUGAGCUACAAGUACCAGUACCAGUGCUUCUGCAGAACCAUGAUUGAAGUUAAAUGUUGGCAAUUGUAACAAGUGCUGGGCGAUAUGGCCUAAAUUUAUUAUCACAAUUCCCCCCCCCCCCCCCAAUGUCGAUAUUCGAUAUGACUCGAUUAGGGCUGCAACAAAUACUGGAAUGUUUCGAGUACUUAGAAUACAAAAAAUGCUUGAGGAAUUUUUGCUCCCUCGGGGAUCCACUUAUUUAAUGUAUUCAAUGCCUGCCCUCCAAGUUUGAUUGUUUUAAUUAUGCGUGUAUGCCUUUAAGAGGGCGGGCAGUGGUGAGUAGUGUGACAUAGGCGUAAGGAAAAGUAAUCCUGGGAAGAUGCUGCUGGUACGCAUUGUAGCCAGCAAUGUAAAUUUAAGAAAUAAAAAGUUUUUAAAAUUUUUUUUUAUUUAUUUAUUUAUUUUUAAAGAAAAACAAUUGGUUAUUAUUUUUUUUUGAGUGAAAUUACUUAUUUUUUUCUUGUAUCCAUAAUUGGUCUUUAACCAAGCAAAAAUAUAAUUCAUCCGAAUACUGGAUUAUUCAAUAAAAAUUUUAGUGGGAUACUCAAGUACUAAAAUAUUUGAUAACUGCAGCCCUAGAUUUGAUAUUUAUUGUAUUAAAAUUUAUAAAUUUAUAAAACUACUUAUUGAUUAUGAUUUAUAAAUGUAUAAAACUGUACCAUACCAAAUUGAUUUACAUUAUAAAACAAUGUUUAUUAAAAAAAAUAUAUAAACAUCACAAAAUAAAUAAAUUACUAUUCUCUAAAGGUAUUUCAAAAUAUAAUGAUCUCAAAAUGAGUGAUGCACCGAAAUGAAAAUUCUUGACCGAAACCCAAAAAACUAAAAAUGAGAAACCCAUGGUCAAAAGCUGAAACAUUGGAAGAAAUUCAUCCAUCUAUUUUCAACAUCGCUUAUCCUGGUUAGGGUCACGGGGCGCUGUAGCCUAUCCCAGCUGAGUUCGGGCGAAAGGCGGACUACACUCUGAACUGGUUGCCAGUGAGUCGCAGGGCACAUAUAGACACAGACAACCAUUCGCACUCACAUUCACACCGUCACAGAGUGGGAACUGAACCCACACUGCCCGCACCAAAGUCAGGCGAGUGUACCACUACUCCAUCAGUGACCUGGAAGAAAUUAUUUUGCCAAUUAUUAGUAAAAUGAAUCAUUUAUGGCUAUGACUGCAGAGCUGCCAACCUAUAGAACUCCACAUAACUUCACUUCCAGAACAAUUUGUCUGAAUUUCCAUAUUUUGUAAAUUGUCAAGAUUAUUACCGCAGGACAGUUAUUGCAGUAUAUUACACUGAACAAAAAUAUAAACGCAACACUUUUGUUUUUGCUCCCAUUUUUCGUGAGUUGGACUCCAAGAUCUAAAACUUUUUCUACAUACACA